AUGAAGUUAAUUCAAGAUCAAACAAUUGACUUCAUUAAUGACUUUUUUGUACAAAAUCCAUUAUCCCAACUCUCAAUUCUAGCAACAUAUGAAUCUACAUGCCGCAUUUUAACACCUCUUUCCUGCAAUGUUCAAGAUCACGUCAAAAAAAUCAAAAGUUUAUCAUUAGAAGACCAUGGUGGUGAACCAUCUCUUGAAAGCUCACUCUCUAUUGCUACAGCAAUUCUCGGAAAUGGUGAAAAGAACCCUGGUCUUGCGCAAAUCUCAACAACCAAAGAAGUUCUAAUUGUUUACGGCUCACUAACUACAUGUGAUAACUCCCCGAUCUACAAAACUCUCAAUUUAGUCAGAGAUUCCAAAAUUAAAGUAUCAAUCAUCGGUCUCGGCGCAAAAGUCUUUGUUCUUCUAAAUUCACAGUUAUUCCAGAUUAUUACCUUCGUGAAGCAAAACAGAGCAACGCAGAAAUUGUUCAAACUCUCUUUGAUCAUAAAGUUCCAAUGA